AUGACUAUAAUCUCUCUCUUCCAAGAGAUAGCACAAGCAAUACCUAACUGUACCUUUGUUUUGGACGGCCUUGAUGAAUGUACUUGGGUUGGCCUUCAUCACCAAAGCCAUGACUCGAUCAAGUCCUUCCUGCAAGUCGUUGGAGAAACAACAGAGAGAUCUACUAGUCGUUUCAUGCUUUUUAGCCGCAACGAUGAGAGUAUCCGAAACAGCUUGCACAAUAGUCUUACUCGCGGUUUUAAUGAAAUACAGGUGAUAGCUCGGGAUGUAUAUGACGAUGUCGUUUCUUAUUCAAGAACUAUCGUCAACGAAAGAUUAUCAAACAAGCCCCAAGAUCUCAGAGAGGAUAUUUCGCAACAAUUGGCUGACCAAUGCGAUGGGCAAUUCCUCUGGGUACGGUUGCAAGCAACGAAGCUGCAAAAGAUAUCGAAUAAAUUUCAACUUCAAAGAGACAUCAGCAAUACUCCGACUGGCCUUGGACAACUAUAUGAGCGAGAAUGGCAGUCUAUCAGUACGAAUCCUGACGUAGACACAGAACGGGCACUCUCUCUUCUUAAGUGGGCUGCAUUUUCUAUCCGACCUCUGUCAGUUAGUGAGAUCGCUGUAGCGGUGCUUAUCAACCCCGGAUGCCCUGGUGUGCCAGUCGAAGAGCUACCAGAUUUUGAUGACGGGCUACAUCUUAUAGAGAAUAUCAAAGCCCACAGUGGCUCACUUCUUGAAAUCACAACCGGCGACAAGAGUACGAAGGGAACAGAGAAUACACAAGACAUACGCUCUAUGAUGGUGCAUAUAACUCACUUCUCUGUCAAGGAGUUCAUUAUCGCAAGAUUUCUGAUUUCUGACGUUUCACUUAAACGCAAUUCGGCAAUUUCUGCACCAUACGAGAAACGUCAGCAUAGCGCUCUUGCUGAAGCUUGCCUUCAAUAUAUCUUUCAUCCCCAGUUAUGGAAAAUGAAUGCUCUGCCAAAGGAAGCGCAUGGAUUUGAAACAGCUUUCCUCGAUUAUGCCGCAGAAAGCUGGUACACACACAUGCAAACCGUGGAUCAGAGAAUGCUGAGCGAUACAACUGGAUCCUUUGAUGAAUGGAGACGGUGGAUCAAUACACAAGCGUAUAACCGUGGUGUAUUGUCGCAAGUCCCUGAUGAAGACGAACAGGGAAAUCGAUUGCCUUAUGCUAUAUCCAUGCGACUUAUAAAUGCCACAGAAGAUCUUCUAAUGGCAGGGAACCUAGAGAUCAACGGAAGAGGAUACCACGGAGAAACGCCUCUCACGGCAAGUUGCCGUACUGGUCAAGUUGAGGUUGUCAGCCGUCUCCUCUCUUCUGGCGCAGACAUACCCUUACCAAGCCUGGGGGGCUUUAUGCCCCUGUGCAUUGCGGUAGAUCAAGGAUAUAUGGAUGUGGCUCGGGUUCUCUUGGAGGCGGGCGCUGAUGUUGACAUUAGAGAUAUCGAGGAAAUCGGACGAACCCCACUGAUCUGGGCCUCGUCUCAUGGCCACCUAGAGCUGGCCAAGUUGCUAGUUGGCCAUAGGGCUGAUAUCUCUUUACCAGACAAGUUGGGUAAUACACCCCUACUGGCGGCCGUUCAAGAAGGUCACCUUCAAGUCGCCCAGCUGCUGGUCGACUCUGGGGCUGGCAUCACUGCGUCUAGUAAUGGCGGACACUCACCCUUGUUCUUCGCUUGCAUGAACGGCAAUGUACCCAUCACAGACCAUGGCAGCGAUGAGAAGAGCUCCGCGCUUCAUGCCGCCGCCUCUGGAGGCCAUCUGGAAGUGGCCAAGCUCUUGCUGAACAAAGGAGCACAAGUUGACUGCUUUGAUGAGGCCAGAAAGACACCAGUGUACAAAGCUGUCGAUGGUGGUUAUUCCAAAAUGACGGAGCUUCUCAUUAAGGAAGGGGCAGACUUCGGCACGAAGGGGCCACUCGGAAAUUACCCACCUGCUGAUCAGGGCGAAAAGGAUCUUAUCCUCACCCGGGAUGGUGUCGGAGAUAGCCCACUGAUCUCAGCUCUGUAUGCCGGACAUCUGGAAUUGGCUCAACUUUUACUCGAGGAAGAACCAACUCUGAUUGCUUUCGUAGACGACCAAGGUUGGACUCCGCUGCAUACAGCCGCGUCAUUUGGCCAUCUGGAACUUUGCGAGCUCCUUUUAGGCAAGGAGGCCAAUCCAUCAUGUCAAACCGAAGAGGGGAAUACUCCACUUCACAUCACUGCAAGUGAAGGCUACCUAGAAGUUUGCUUGCUCCUUUUAGGAAAGGGAGCGAGGCCAUCAUGCCAAAACAAAGACACGCUUAACCUCUUCGGCCGUCCGUCGUUGUCCGAUGCAGCGCGUCGUGGCCAGAUUGAUGUUGUCAAGGCAUUGAUCUGCAACAACGCUAGGGCAGACAUAUCGGAUGGGCUUGGCCUGCUACCUUUAUUUUAUGCUUUGCGCAACGGCCAUAGCGAGGUUGUACAGCUCUUGUUACCGAAAACUCCGGGAUGGAAGAAUUGGAAGGACGGCCUCGGGCGAGAUUUUGUUUGGUGGGCACAUCAUAUCAGGUCUCCACGGAUCACGCAGCUCCUGAUGGACCAUGGUGCUGAUAUCAAAAGCUGCCGCAGUGAGGAUGGCGCGAGAGACAUCUCAAGUGACCCGCCUCCCUUGAGCAAAUCAAGAGGCUAUUGUGAUUGCUGUAUAGGCUCGGUGUUGCGGGGUACGCCGCUCUACUUUUGUACCAUAUGUUGGGCUGGACAAUUUUGCAUUUGCGUCGAAUGUUUUGAAGGGGGGCUAAGAUGUUUUGACAAUUCUCAUGAAUUGACAUUAAACUAA